AUGGUUCUUUUUAAACGUAAACCAGUGGAGUUUGUUCCUCCCCCAGAGCUACCGGCGGAUUUUGAUCUAGAUCAACAAAUAUGGUAUAUUCCAUCUACAGGAGAAUGGUUUAUUGAUUAUGAAGAAUAUUUGGAUAGGAUGAAUUAUUAUAACAUUAAAAAGUUCGUGUGUGAGACUUCAGGAAAUUCGAACUUUACGUACUUCGAAGCUCUCAAGGUUGAAAAAAAUGAAAUGGAUUUGAUGGAAAGCAAGUUUCCUAAUCCAGUGAAAGAACCAAUUCUCAGAUAUGUAUCCUUCUCCACUGUUCCAAGGAUUGAUGUUAUGGUUGAUGAUGUUUAUAACAAGUUCAAGGACGACUUUUUUCCCGGAGACCAAGUGAUGGUUCGUGGUCCGAGGGAGAAGUUUAGAGGUGUUGUGCGGGAAAAAGCGCGUUUUAAUCCAAUAAUUAUGUCUAAUGGCACGGUUAGAGAUGGCUACUGCUCGUAUCGCGUUCUUCUAGAAACAAAUGAAGAAAUUACAGUUAAUGAUAGCUCGCAGAUGUCACGUGAACGGAACACAUUUACAAAAUGGUUUGUGAAGUCAUUUUUGAAAAUGAGUCUAAUCAGAGCUAAUCGGGUUGGUGCACCUUGGGUUGUUAAAUCGAACGUUGCAAAAAAAUACAGAAUUCCAGCUGAAUAUCCAUCAGAAUUGAAGCCAUUUAAGGCCAUAUUAGAAGAAGAAAUAUAUGAAAGGCACAAUCCAUUGGCAUCUAAUGGAACCAACCAAUAUUAUUCAUCUGUAAUUGGAAAUAACAACAGAUCUAGAACUAGGCAUGAGAAAAGCCCGGACGAAUCAGACAAUACUCUAUCUUCUCUUUCAUCGGAAUGUACGAUUCCAGAGAGUACUUCUAGUGUAUUCGAGGACAUCAAGGAGACUCCACCUACAAAUUCAGAGCAAGAGGAAGGAAGAAAUUUACAGAGUUGGAAAGAUCAAUGGUAUGAGAUAUUAAAGAAAUGCACAAUAUACUUUGAGCCGGUCAAUUCCGAGGAGGUCGAUGUUGAAUUACAGCAAAAAGUCAAGGAUAUGUUUGAAUUUUCCGGAUCCAAGUUUGCUGAAACUUUCGAUUCCGAAACAGUGAACUUCAUCAUUAGCCUAAGGCCAUAUUCUACCAGGGUGCACUAUCUUGACGAUGAUAUAUUUUCCUCUGUGCAUUCACACCACAUUAAAGUCUGGCAUUAUGAAAAAUGUAUGAGAUUCUUCAAGAGUAUCAACAUCACACCAAGGAAGAUCGAGCAGGCUAAAAUAUACUCCAAACUUCCGGGUGCAAGUUUUGCAGAUGUGAAGAAACUCAUUAUUGCAAACAGAAACUAUCCUAAGGCUGCAAUUCAAAGACAGCUUCCAAUUGAAGAUCGGAAGCUCCUGGCUAAAGCUGCUGAAAAGACUGCAUUAUUUACUAUUGAGGAGAAAAAACCUAGAGGGGGAAACCACAGCCAUCAUGCAAGUAAACCUAAUAAGCCUUUGCCACCUGUGGAAGAUUUCCUUCUUCCAUUCAACAAAAUACAUCCUCUAUCCAAAAGACCAACAUGGAAAAAAUUGAACUCUACGUUUGGUGAUCCAUCAUCUUUGCUUGAGGUGUGGGUGUUCAUCAACAUGUAUAGUAAGGCAUUGAUCAUUGAUAACUUUACGUUUGAUGACUAUUGUACAGCACUCACUUGGACAGACAAGGAUGAACAAUGCCAGCUUUUGCAAGAAAUAAUUUGCUCGCUUUUGACUGCUGUAAUCGAUGAAAAUGGUGAGAUGCAGAUUACACUACCGGAGGAAUUAAUGGAGGAAGAUGACAAUGAGGAGGAAGAAGAGGAGGAAAGUAAGGUGAAGGAGGAGACUCCUAUUGAAGACGGGGUGAAAAAGGCGGAUGGAACAAAAAGUAAUGAUCGAAGUGAAGGAGAAGACAAACCAUCAGUUAGUAAUACAGAUGCUGAUGGUAAAACUGAUGGUAUCAUUAAAAAGGAGAUUGGUUCCGAGCAACAAGAUACCGAGGUGAUCGAAAUAAAGGAUGAAAAGGAACUCGAAAAAACAGUGAAAGAAGAAAAAGAGGAAGAAGAGGAAGAUAGCGAUGAAAUCACCCACAACGCAUACGCAGCGAUUGAGUAUCGUAAGAUUAGCUGGCAAAGCAGACUUGAAAAUAGACAAUUUAAGAACGGGGGUUGGGUUAUAAUCCUGCUGGGAGUGUUUUCAUUAGUGGAUUACAUACCAGAUUGUUCAGAAGCCAUUAACGAAAUUUACAACGUCCUUGCACCAGGGGACUACAAGCCAACACCAGCCACACUUGAGAGGAAUUUUUACACAUCACUUAUCCCAAGAUUGCGUUUGAAGGCACUUCAAAUACUGGUUGACCUUCUUCUAAAUGGAACUGUGAUAAGAAACUACAUCGAUGAAAUUGCAGAAAAGUCCUCAGAAUAUCGUCGCGACAGGUUUGAAUUGAUCCGGAAGAUUAAGGCCACUCUGGAGGAAGCAAGAGAGACCCAAAAACAGAUUCUUGAUAUUCUUGAUGAUGUUGAUACAGAUGCUAUACGGGUGAAAUUGGAGCGAGAGGGGCAUCCAGAUAAACCUACAAAAAGGGGAAGGGGAAGAGGAGGUCGUCCAUCGCACAAUUAUUUACCACCGGCCCCAACGGAAUUGGAAAAGGAAGUUGCAAAAACAAAUGAGAGAUUCGAUAAGCUAAUAAAGGAUCGUGUGAGCAAACAAAAUGAGCUUAGAGAACAUCGAGAGAAGAAGAAGGAGAUCGAGAAGCACUUGACUGAACUUAACAUCAAGAGAGUUCGGUAUAUAGGACGAGAUGCAUUCUAUAAUAGAUAUUGGUGGUUUGAGAGAAAUGGAUUGCCUAAUUUAGGAUCAUCUGCUCAUGGAGAUGAUGAAGAUGAAGAUGAGAAUGAAAACAACGAUGUUCAGAGUGAGGAUGAGGACAGCGAAGAUAAAAGUGAAGAGGAAGAGGAAGAAGAAGAUAAUGACAAGGGAAACAACGAAUAUAUUUCAGACACUUACCUUAUGGGAAGGCUCUGGGUUCAAGGUCCAACAGAUUCAGACAGGAGAUAUCAUCUGAAUAUUAGUGAUGCGACUCUCAAGGUGUUUGAAAAGGAAAAGACGAAAUCAAGAGAUCCAGAAGAAGGUGGAGAAUUGGAGAAAAAGAGUGACAAAAAUAUUGAAAAUGACAAGGAAUCUGCUGAUGAAAGCGAGAAAACCACCGAGAAAGAUAAUCAGAAACCAGUUGCCACUAAAUUCGCUAAUUCUGAACUGGACAAAGCCUCAAACAAGAUAUUUGACCCAAGUGGGUGGCUGGCAAAAUCUUGUAAGACUCUAUUCCACCUAAGCUUCGAAGGUGAUAACGUGAAGAAAGAAACGGGAGAAGUGGUUAUAAAUGCGAAAGGGGAGGUUUCUUCGAAUCAGUACUCGGCGGUUCAAAGGAAGGCUUUAUCCGAGGCACCAGACAUGCUACUUGGUGGUUGCGAUUGGAGAUACUUGGAAACAGCUGAGGACUUUGACAAGUUUGUUGCUUUAUUAAAUUCUGGCGGAACACGGGAAAGAGCUUUGAAAAAAGAGGCAACAGAACUUCAGGAUGCAAUCAGGAAAAGGCUUCAGGCAAGAAUGUCAUUUUUGGGAAUCGGAAAGAAGAGUGACGAGCAGAUCGAAUUAGAGAAGAUCAUUAAAGAAAAUGCCGUUUCCGAAGAGGAGAGGCAAAUAUUAGAUUCUCUAGGAGAAGAGAACCCACAAACAAAAGAUAAAGAUGGGGAAGAUGAAUCUGAAUCUGAUGAGAGCUCUGACAGAGACGACAAUGAGAGAGAAGAUAGUACUUCAACCGAAGAGAAUGACCAGACAAACGAUAGGAAAAGGAAACUUCAUGGCAACAAAAUUAACCAUGAUUCAAAGAGAGCUAAAUAUACUUCAAGGCCGGCGGAAAGAAUCGCAAAAAGACAGGAGUUACGGAGAAGGAUAAGACAGAUAGAACAGAAGGAUGAGAAACGUAAGGAAGCUCAAGAAGAGUUGAAAUUGAUUGGAAAAGAUCGGGAAAGAGAGAACGUGCUUCAGUGGGUGAAUUCGUCAGCACUGGAGAAACUUGGACAUACGCAUUACGAAGGACCGAAAGCUGAACCAAAGAAAAACAGCAAGAAGAAGAAACGGGGUAGAAGAUGA